AUGAUUAUCCCUGAAGUUGAUAUGUUGGCUGUAUCGAAGAACAGUCGUGUUCAGCGUGCUGCCUCGGCGGGCUAUGUUCUACCUGGUCUCAAACUGGUGGAUUAUGGAGGUUUGGACCGAGUCGAUCGAUACUAUAAUGAUUGCCAGGACUAUCGGGAUUACUAUCGCGAUCCGUAUAACAAAAUACACAAGCCGGAGAGGUUCCGUCACUACCAGGGCAAAUGCGGCAUCAGGUUGGACAAAUCUUUGAAUGAUUUGAUGCUGCCACCUGUGUGGCGCGUGGAGCGCAAGCCCAUUGUCUAUCCGAUUGAGUAUGGCAUCCAAAUGGACAUGGACAAGAGCUACAGAACCCUGCUGACGGGUACUCAUAGUGCCACUACACACACGGCCUUCAAGCGUUAG